AUGGAUCGUCUGUGCUUAGAGAAGAAAAGAGAGAGACAAAAGGAGGAAGCCGGUUUUGAUCUUGUCUGUACUCCUGAUGGACAGUCAGAUACAGUGGGGGCAGUCAAGCACGGUAGAGAUGGAGAAAGAGGCGAGGAAACGACACAAGACAUGGGAAACGGUGAUCGUGAGCCCAUACGUCAUUGGGGAAAUGGUCAAGCCGAAACCAGCGUAUAUUCAAUUAUCUAUAUGCGUCUCUGCAUUGGCUCUGUUGACCCCGACAAGAAAGACUCGAAAGAGCUCUUGCCAGGACAGCAGGUUCGUAGCCAGCACCACUCGAACGAAAUCGUGCACAGGUUGUUUAGGCUACAAUGGUACAGCGACGUCGUCGAAAGUCGUCCUGAGUCGGUCAGAUCAAAAGCGUAUUCGGGCCAGAGCGGAUACAGCACCUGCUCUGCACCACCUGAGAGGCCGCAUUUGGGCUACCGUACCGGUUUGUAG